AUGGGAGCCCGGGUGGGAAUGAAGCCUCCUUCGGUGGCACAAACGGUCACUCUCACGAGUUUCGCCUUCUUCCUGAGCUCGGAGCUGAAUCCGGCUUCGGGAGCGCCGGCAUCCAGUCUCCGACUAGCGGCCAAUUCCUACAGCAUGGAGCCCUGGUUGCAACCCUGCGGCACCCCGGUGGCGGCCACGCUCAAGAAGAUGCCGCAGCGGCACAGCGUCCACAGGACGCUGAAAAGGGUGAAGACGCAGCUGCGUGUCGCGCAGAACCACUUCAGGAAGGAUCUCAAGGACAUGCAUGUGGUUUAUUCGAAGGUGUACAAAGUGCUGAAGGAGCAGUACAAAAUGAAUUGGCUGCCGGAGAAGCAGCUCGAGUGGUAUCACAAGGAGCUUUGGUGUCUGGAAAAGGGGAAGAAGGCUGAGCGCGCGCUGCCGCGCCUGCACGACGCCCUCCAGAGGUUCGCCAUCACGUUCCACCAUCUGCGGGACUAUCAUCUCAAGUCGAACAUCAACGUCGAUCUCACCAUGGACAGACGGAACAAGAUCGUCGAGGGCAUGUACAACGAGAUCCUGCGGAUGCUGUGCGAGGUCGAGACCGCCAUUCUAAAUCUGGGCCUGCAGCUUCCCACCACCCACGCCGCGCACAUCGUGACGGAGAGCUUGAAUUGGGCCAAGGAGGGCGAUCUGACGCUGAUGCUGAUUCAGGACUGGGGCGUGCUGAGACUCUACCAGAACUUCCUCAAGGAUUGGACGGCGGCGUUCCGCAACGCCACCGCGACCGGGCCCGGCACCUGCGAUCCCAACACGGUCAAGCCGCUCAACUUCAAGAAGAACGCGAAGAAGAGAGCCGGCGAGAAGAGCGGCAAGCGAACGACGAAGCAGAAGAAACAGAGACCGACGAGGAAGCACCCACUCGCGCCUGGCCGAAACAGUUCCUUGCCGCAGCGGCCGAGGAAGGGCCCCCCGCGAGACAGACUGACGAGGAACAAGCAGAAGAAGCCCGCGUUAAUGUACUCGAACUGAGGAGAGAACCCGCGUUCUUCAUCGACACCGAGAGAUCUGCCAAUUCGUAUCUCUGUACAGCGUCGACUCGUAC